AACAUCAGUAGCAGCUGUAAAAUUGAAAGAUGGCAAUUAUUAACCUUCUGCUACUUAGUUGCCUGGCCUACGGAGUCGUGGCCCUUCCUCCAGUCCCGCCGUACGUGUCGCAAAUUGGAGCUGUAUCGCCGGGAUAUAGACCCGGUCUUCAAGGUCCUAUUGCUUACGGAUCCGUGUUGGGUGGAGGCAUUGGAGGAGUUGGUGGAAUCGGAGGAAUUGCUGGAAUUGGUGGCAUUGGUGGAAUAGGUGGUUAUCCAUAUGGUAGAGUUAACCAGCAAAUACCUGCUUAUGGACCCCUCGUUGGCCGUAAACUCGGUGCUCCAGUUGGCAUCGUCGGACGUCGUCGCAUCAACCCCGGCUACCAGCAAGCCAUUGUGUCCCCAAUCUCUUCAGGCUAUGGCUACCAGGGAAUUCCCAAUAAAUAUUCCCGCGGUCCCUAUUAAAUCUGAAUAAAACGAAAAGUUUACU